UUCACCUUUACUAGAAAUAUGGAGAGCAGAAACCAAUCAACAGUGACUGAAUUUAUCUUCACUGGGUUCCCUCAGCUUCAGGAUGGUAGUCUCCUGUACUUCUUUCCUUUACUUUUAAUCUAUGCUUUUAUUAUCAUUGGUAACUUAUUAAUUUUUUCUGCUGUAAGGCUGAACACCCAUCUCCACAACCCCAUGUAUAAUUUUAUUAGUAUAUUUUCCUUUCUGGAGAUCUGGUACACCACAGCCAUCAUUCCCAAGAUGCUCUCCAACCUCAUCAGUGAAAAGAAGGCCAUCUGUGUGACUGGCUGCCUCUUGCAGAUGUAUUUCUUCCACUCACUUGGAAAUUCAGAGGGAAUCUUGCUGACCACCAUGGCCAUUGACAGAUAUGUUGCCAUCUGUAGCCCUCUUCGCUAUCAUAUGAUCAUGACCCCCCGGCUCUGUGCUCAGCUCUCUGCAGGUUCCUGUAUCUUUGGUUUCCUUAUCCUGCUUCCGGAGAUUGUGAUAAUUUCCACACUGCCUUUCUGUGGGCCCAACCAAAUCCAUCAGAUCUUCUGUGACUUGGUCCCUGUGCUGAGCCUGGCCUGUACAGACACGUCCAUGAUUCUGAUUGAGGAUGUGAUCCAUGCUGUGACCAUCAUCAUUACCGGUCUAAUCAUUGCCCUGUCCUAUAUAAGAAUUGUCACUGUGAUACUGAGGAUUCCCUCUUCUGAAGGGAGGCAAAAGGCUUUUUCUACCUGUGCAGGCCACCUCAUGGUCUUCCUGAUAUUCUUUGGUAGUGUAUCACUCAUGUACUUGCGUUUCAGUGACACUUAUCCACCAGUUUUGGACACAGCCAUUGCACUGAUGUUUACUGUACUUGCUCCAUUCUUCAAUCCCAUCAUUUAUAGCCUGAGAAACAAGGACAUGAAGAAUGCAAUUAAAAAACUGCUCUGUCUUCAAAAAGUGUUGGCCAAGUCUGGCAAGUCUGGAGGUUAAUUCAGAGCCACAGGUUCCCUUCCAUUGUUUUUUUUUUUCCUUUUUUUUGAGAUGGAGUUUCACUGUUAUUGACCAAGCUAGAGUGCAAUGGCACGAUCUUGGCUCAUGAUUUCGGCUCACUGCCACCCCUCCAUCUCCUGGAUUCAAAUGAUUCUCCUGCCUCAGCCUCCCUAGUAGCUGGGAGGCAUGCACCACUACCCCCAGCUAAUUUUUGUAUUAUUAGUAGAGAUGGAGUUUCACCGUGUUGGUCGGGUUGGUCUCGAAUUCCUGAUUGUAAGUGAUCUGCCCACCUCGGCCUCCCAAAGUGCUGGGAUUACAGGUGUAAGCCACUGCACCCAGCUCUUUCCAUGGCGUUAAUGUUUGUCUAACAGAUUAGAACAUGAGAUUACACUAUACCUAGUGCUUUGUCACACUGUUCUCCUCAUUAUUUUCCCUCUACCUAGAAAACAUAUUUAUACAUUCCGAUAUAAAAACUUGCUGUGCAUAUCAUUAGGAACCGCAUUAUGUGGCUUAAUAACUGUAGUUUCUUUCUUCUGAAGUGCUGUGAUUAAAGAAAAUUUGUUUGCCACUUUAGAUGGUUAGAAUUAUAGAGUUCGCUUAUAUACCCAGUAAUGGGAUUGCUGGGUCAAAUGGAAUUUCUAUUUCUAGGUCCUUGAGGACUUGCCACACUGUCUUCCACAAUGGUUGAACUAAUUUACACUCUCUGGGAAAAUGUGGCACAUAUACAUCAUGGAAUAUUAUGCAGCAAUCAAAAAUGAUGAGUUCGUGUCCUUUGUAGGGACAUGGAUGAAUCUGGAGAACAUCAUUCUCAGCAAACUGACACAAGAACAGAAAAUGAAACACCACAUAUUCUCAGUCAUAGGUGGGUGAUGAACAAUGAGAACACAUGGACACAGGGA